GCGUUAAAUAAAAAGGUUAUGUUAGUUUGGUUGCAUAAUAAAUCUUAUGAAUAUUUGUAAAACACUAUUGUUUUAAUGCUACUGUUAGGUUAAUCUGAAUUGUUCAAAAACUCAAUCAAGGCUUAUCUUAAAACCUAUUGAAAUAUAAAAUUACAAAAUGGCCACGUCUUAGUUGAUAACAGUAUCCGUUAUCGUUAGAUGUCUACGUAAUGGUAGGCAAAAUAACAUUCAGUUGACCGGUGAACUUUGGUUCUUAGUUUUCGUUUGGUUUCAACGCUUAGCGAAAAAAUGUCAUCCCUCUGGUCCACUUUAAAGCGAACAACCAAAAGUUUAAAUGUCGCUAAAAGGCAAGUCAGAUUUUUAAACUUGCUCGAAUUCCAAAGCAAGAAUUUGUUGAGAAAUAGCGGUGUGGCUGUUCAAAAUUUUUGUUUAGUUGAUGAAAAAUCUUCAAGUGAAUUUGAAAAUUUUAAUGCAAAAGAAUAUGUAGUUAAAGCACAAAUCUUAGCCGGUGGUCGAGGUAAAGGUCAUUUCGACAAUGGUUUUAAAGGUGGAGUUCAACUGACUACCGAUCGCAACAUCGUUAAGGAUUACGUUUCAAAAAUGUUGGGGCAUAACUUAAUCACCAAACAAACCCCAAAACAAGGAAUUCCAGUUAAACAAGUUAUGAUAGCCGAGAGUGUGAAUAUCACGAAAGAAACUUACAUUUGCAUAUUAAUGGAUCGAACUUAUAACGGACCUGUGAUCAUUGCUUCCCCCGCUGGAGGAAUGGAUAUUGAGGGUGUUGCUGAAAAGACUCCAGAAUUAAUCAAAAAAGUUCCAAUAGAUAUCCAUCAAGGUGUAACUGAUAAAAUAGCAGAUGAUUUGGCAGCGUUUUUAGAAUUUAAAGGCGAACCGAAGAAGAAAGCAGCUGAAGAAAUAAAAAAGAUUUGGGAAAUGUUUAAAAAAGUUGAUGCGACCCAAUUAGAAAUUAAUCCUUUAGCGGAAACGGAUCAAGGAUUAGUAAUUUCCGUUGAUGCCAAGGUCAACUUUGAUGAUAACGCCAAAUUUCGACAAAAAGAUGUUUUCUCUUUAGAGGAUCACUCCGAAACCGAUCCUAGAGAAGUUGAGGCUGCUAAAUAUAACUUAAAUUAUAUUGGAAUGGAUGGAAAUAUUGGUUGCAUGGUAAAUGGUGCUGGUUUAGCAAUGGCAACAAUGGAUAUAAUAAAAUUACAUGGCGGUGAACCCGCGAAUUUCUUAGACGUAGGCGGAAGUGUCCAAGAAAAUCAAGUACGCGCAGCUUUCAAUAUAUUAACUUCCGAUCCAAAAGUGAAAUCAAUUUUUGUUAACGUUUUUGGGGGCAUCGUGAAUUGCGCAGUUAUCGCAAAAGGCAUAGUCGCUGCAUCCAAAGACUUAAAGAUCCCUCUCAUCGUCCGAUUAGAAGGCACCAACGUAGCCGAGGCAAAGAAAAUUAUCAGAGAAUCAGGAUUAAAUAUCCAAGCAUCCGACGAUUUCGAUGAAGCUGCUAAAAAAGCUGUGGCCAGUGCCAAAUAAUUUUUUUUAUUAUAUACUUUGUUAUACUUAACUGUUUUUUAUUAAUAAAAGCAAUAAAUUUUCA